CAAUGCAUGUUUAAGUUGUUCACCAACCACCACUAAAAAUCACAAAAGAAGAAGAAAUCAGACUUCCGUUUCCUUUUAAAAGGUCCGCGCAACAACAUCCCAUCAUAAUGCCCAAAUCAAAGGAAGUGUUGUCGUCUACAUCUGGAAGUGACUCCGACAGUGAAGUAGAGACAAAGGCAAAGAGAAAGAAGCCAAGUGCACCAGAAAAACCAGCUAAGAAACCAAAAAGUGGAGAGAGCUCAAAACCUGGUGGGUCUUCCAAAGGCAGUGGUAACGGUGAUGACAAUAUGUUCCAGAUUGGUAAGAUGAGAUAUGUCAGCGUGCGGGACUUCAAAGGCAAAGUCCUGAUUGACAUCAGGGAAUACUGGAUGAACCAGGAUGGGGAGAUGAAGCCAGGGAAGAAAGGCAUUGCCCUGAAUCCUGAACAGUGGAAUCAACUAAAAGAACAGAUUUCAGAAAUUGAUGAUGCAGUUAAGAGAGUAUAAGCAUUCCUUUGAGCUUAACCUGUUGAACUAAUUGGGCAUGUUUGUUAGGUAGUUUUGUAAAAUCUUUGGAUUUUUUUCCCCUUAUUUGAAGUGUUUAGAUUUAGUUAUCUGCAAACCCCCACUUUGUGUAUGAACGUCAUUUUGAGUUGCUCUUGUGAGCUGUGGGUGGAGGAGUAGGUGGUUGAUUGUUAUACUUAGGUGUAAUGCACCAAAUUCAGUGAAUACAGUCGUGUUUUUGUAUUGAAUAAUAAAAACAAUGCACUAGCUUAA